CUUGUACAGCACUGCUGGUGGAUACGCACUUUUUUGCAAAGUGAAAGUAAUUAAUAGAUGAUAAUUGAAUGAAGAAUCAAUCUUGAAGUUGAGCAAGACGCGCGAAAAGAAAGGAAAAUGCAACGAGUCAGCACAGCGCAGCUGCAGGAGCUUCGAGACGCCAGGGCGAUCGACGGAGAUCGCAAAGACUUGUCUCUCCUGCACGAUAUGCCAACGGACGUGCUCGGAAAGGUGUUCGAGUUUUUAGACCCCUACCACGACCUUUCCAAGAGCUUCGCCAUUGCGUCGAAAAGCUGCCGCUCGGUAUUUUUCCAGGCGAUAAGCGACCCUGGUGCGGCGAAGCAGCUCAUGUAUUUUUGCGAUCGUACGCGGCUCAAUUUAUUCUUGCACGUACUGCGGAAACUCAAACGGCGGGAUGCGAUUUACAAAAUCGAGCUGACGACUGAAGCGGAUUCUACUUCUGCACACAAUAGCAGCAGUGAAGAAGACGUGGCGAGCCUUAGCAGUGGCGACGAGAUGGAUGAAGAGCCUGCUGUCUUGGACGUCCCGCAGUUGCUUUUUCCGCUGAAUCGAUGCAGCGCGCCGUGCGUCAAGGCAGAGAACGCCUACGGGAGCGGGUGGCUACAAGAACCAGAAUUAGACCGGCCUGUCGACGUCGUUCGAAGCUGGAUUUUGCAGGCGUUCACCCAGUUGUUGGACGAAAGCGACGGGAAGGCGGAGCUGUCCAAAACGCCCUGGGUUGUCGGUUUGUACCCCCCCAAGAAGGUGCCGCCAGAAGAACGGGGAACCAGUCUGCUACGGUGGGGGGUGAAGCGCAGGAGGGAAACAAAUGACGGCGAGUUGACUCGUCAGAUUUCGCUCCAGGUCGGGGACAAGAAAGACAUCCCGUGCAGCGUUUACACCCGCGUCGACGCAUAUGAGCUCCACAUGACAAUUGAUGUCGGGAUACCGUUCGACUCCGGAAAAAGGUUCCAGCUCGGGUUUUGGUUCGAGAAAACGAGGACGGACGACGACGACUAUGUGGAACCGUUUGACGUGGCGGAAGCGCAGAAGACGUUUCGCUUUCCCGCAUGGCUGGCGCCCAGAACGAGCUGCGACUCUCUAUCUGUUGUUCCGUUGUACCCGAUGGACGAGGUAGAUUUCUUCUCCGGAAAACACUAUACAGAAGCAAAAGGAGCCCGGGUCACUCGCUGAAAAUUGCAUCUGAUUUGCUGACAUGGGCCUGUGGAGUACGUGGUCAGUUGGAGAAAGGAAAGGAAAAACUCUGUGAAAAGUUUCACCGUGGUGCCCCGCGAGCCUGCAC